UGUCGACGAAAGAUUCCAUGUCUGGAGCGGGAACGGAAAUUAUAAGCAUGCCGGAAAUGUAUUGUUUGAGCAGGUACGCGUUAUGUCAAACACGAGCAAGCAGUAAAAAGAGCACGUACAGAUGCGAGAAGAGGGAGAGAGGGUUUUGGAGUGAAGGAGAGGGGAGUCCAAAUGGCCCACCAAAGGAGAGAAGUCCAAGGUACAGGCGUAGUUGUGAGGAGACGUCUCAUCUGCAACCCCCCUCUUCGAAUCUCCCUUGCCCUGAAACGGAGCACAAGAAAAUGAACAAAAGGGUAGUUGUAGCGUCUAGUCUUGCCAUAUAUGCACGGCCGACACAGCAACUCCCAGUCCCCGCUCCUGCGGCUGCUAGGCCGCCGAUGUUACAGGAUGACACUGCCCAAAUAGGAUUCCAGACACAUCCCUUUUCCACCAAUCCCGCGCCCCUUCUGUCUCCCUAG